GACCAGGCUCGGGAUGUACUGAUUCGAGAAGGACGUGAAACAAACUGACACUGGGUUCCUGGCGAUAGCAGCAGAGGUGGAGAAUGACAGAGAGAAAGCCUCGGAACCUCCAGAAAAAAUCAAGGACUUACUGAAGGAGUUCCAAGACAUUCUUCCCGACGACCUCCCGGACGAACUACCGCCAUACCGAACGCACCAACAUGAGAUCGUGGAGGAACCAGGUUCAAAACUGACCUUUCGAGCACCAUAUCGGCUAAGCCCUACAGAACUAGCUGACAUGAAGAAGCAGAUCAAGUAUCUCCUCGCCAAAGGACUCAUCCGACCAUCCACUUCGCCAUACGGUGCCCCAGUACUCUUCACACCAAAACCGGACGGAAGCCUGCGCAUGUGCAUCGACUACCGAGCUCUCAACAAGCAGACCAUCAAGAACAAAUAUCCGAUACCACGAAUCGAUGACCUGCUUGACCAGCUUCGGGGAGCUACGGUAUUUUCAAAACUAGAUCUGCGGUCCGAAUACUGGCAGAUAAGAAUGGCGGACGAUUCCGUUCACAAAACUGUUUUCCGAACUCGGUACGGAUCGUACGAGUAUUUGGUCAUGUCGUUCGGACUCACCAACGCACCUGCAACAUUCCAAGCAGAGAUGAAUCACAUCCUACGCCCACUCUUGGACGAAUGCGUGGUGGUGUACCUGGACGACAUCCUCAUCUACUCGCGCGACAUGCAACAACACGUCAAGCACCUACGACGCGUCUUCGAAAUUCUUCGACGAGAACGCUUCUACGUCAAACUAUCCAAGAGCGACUUCGCCCUCGAGAAGGUCCAAUUCCUCGAACAUAUCGUAAGCGCUCAAGGAGUUCACGCCGACCCCAAGAAAAUCGAAGCCGUGCGUACGUGGAAGACACCCGAGAACGUGAAGGAGUUACAGCAGUUCCUUGGCUUGGCUAACUACUAAAACAGGUUCGUGCCACAAUACGCGAAGAU